AUGCAUUUCUUUCCAAUAUUUGUAUUUUUCACUUUAUUUGUUCAAUAUAUAUCAGCAGCAACAUCUGGUAGCAGUAUUAUCAAUCCAAUAGUUAAAGUUGGUAAAAAUGUCACUAAAUUAAAACCAGAUUUCUCUACAAUAAGUUCAAUUUCUGUAGUUGAUCCAAAAGCUCAAACAAUUAGUUUUGAAUUCAAUAUCGAUGCAACUGAAUCCCAACCAAACCAUGCAGCCUUGAUUUUAAAUUGUGACGACCGUGUACAAACUUACCAUUCAGCUAAAUGUUCUGAUGGCAAAUGUGUCUUUUCUUUACCAGUUAGAAACUUUCCGCAAACAAUGUUAUAUUUCCAUUCUACCACUCAAGGUAAUACUCCAAUUAAAGCCCUAUUAACGUAUAACUGUGAAGGUCAAGACUCUUUUAUUGAAAAACAUAUUUUUGACAUUUUCCUUGAUGAAAAAAAAGUGAAAGAUGAUUUAUUGAAAUUGGAUAAAGACAAAAUCUUUCCUAAUCAAAUCGCUGUUUUGCCAGAAAUCCACCAUGUUUUCCAAAACCCACCAAAACAGGUUAAUAGCUCAAUUGCCACUAUUUUCUCAUUAAUUAUCGUUGCUGUUUCCAUACUAACAAUCAUUUUGUUUGUGACUAAUGUUAAAGUUACUAUGACUAAAUCAUGUGGUACAAUUGUUUAUUCUUUGGGGUUUAUAUCAGGUUUGGUUGCUUUAGAAUAUAGUUUUUAUCAAUACUAUUUAGGUGUACAUGACAUUUUUGGAACUUUGUACCAAGUUUUUAUUCUAUUAACUUUACCAACUUUAUGGCUGGGUGCCAGAACUUUGAAAAGAAUAUUUUGA